AUGGCAUGGCUCAAUUUCCCUGCAGUGGAGCUGUGUUUUUCGCUCAUCUUCCUCUGGAUAAUAUACAGAUUUCUGACAGCAAGCAAGAGAAACAAAGGAAAGUUGGGAUUGCCACCAGGGCCACGGCCAUGGCCACUAGUAGGCAAUCUCCAUCUCUUUGGAACCUUUCCUCCCAAGUCCGUGACUCAGCUCGGAAAAAAGUACGGACCCAUUAUGUUUCUACGCCUGGGCUCGGUACCCACGGUUGUGGCCUCUUCUCCUGCCAUGGCCAAAGAGUUUCUUAAAACCCAUGAUUUGAUCUUCGCCAGCAGACCAGCUACAUCGGGGGCCAAGUACCUGGGCUACGAGCGCAGAGACGUGGCGCUGGCCCCCUAUGGAGAAUACUGGCGGCAGAUGAGAAAGUUGUGCACGAUGGAAUUACUGACGACCAAGAGAACGGAGUCAUUCAGGUGGGUAAGAGAAGAAGAGGCGACAGCCAUGGUGAGAUCUGUGUGGGAAGGAAGUGAGAAGGGCAUGCGUUCCGUCGAACUGCGGAAUCUCAUCUCCACCCUCUCACUCAACACUAUCUGCAGAAUGUUUGCAGGCAGAAGAUACUCCGAACUGAGCGGAGGCGAUUCGUUUCUAGAGAUAAUGACUGAAUAUAUGCAUCUGUUGGGCGUAAUUAUUGUGGGGGACUACAUUCCCUCUCUUUCCUUUCUUGAUUUGCAAGGCUACCGCCGCCGUAUGAAGGCCGUUCAUAAAGCAUACGAUGCGUUUGCCGAGAAGCUGAUCGAUGAGCGCGUUGAGCUGAGGAGGAGGAGGAGUAAAAGGUCGGACAAUCCGGACCUUUUGGACGUGAUGCUGGACAUGGGUGAGAGCGAAAGUUCCAAGAUUCAAGAUAUGCUACUUGCUGGAGUAGACACAUCUCUUAUAACUAUAGAAUGGGCGAUGACUGAGCUGCUGAGAGACCCUAAAGUAAUGGCAAGGGCGCAACAAGAGAUUGAAUUGCAGGUUGGGAGAGAUCGCAUUGUAAGGGAGAGUGAUCUUGUAAACUUAGAUUACUUGCGGUGUGUGAUGAAGGAAACAUUUCGAUUACAUCCAGUAGGGGCCUUUAUGGUGCCACACGAAUCCACUGAGGGUUGCAAUGUGGGAGGAUAUUACGUUCCACCAAAAACAAGGUUGCUCGUGAAUGUUUGGGCAAUGGGAAGGGAUGAUUGGAGGAGGGGAUGCCCCGGAAUGUCCAUGGGGAGUUCCGUUGUUCACUUGGCUGUGGCUCAGCUCAUACAUUGCUUUGAUUGGAGUGUGGAGGGUGAGGUGAAUAGGGAAGAAGAGUUUGGUUUGAGCUUACCUAAAAAGUUUCCUCUUUCUGCUCUUCCCUCCUGGAGGCUCACCACUGAAGGGCCACCAUAG